AAAAAAAAAAGUUGUAUAGUUUUAAACUUCUCAACACCGUAAAACGCUUUUAUUUUUAGGCCCAUAUAAGGGUGCCGCCAUCUUGCAGUACGGAAGCGUGAGGCGCAUGGGGGUCCUGACUGUUGUGUUGUUUUCUUAGGUAGCCUCUUAAAAUGCCCAAGCACGAUGUCUUCUUUUUUGCAAGAUGGCGUCGAUGAGGGAGAGCGAUACUGGCCUGUGGCUCCACAACAAGCUGGGAUCAACAGACGAGCUGUGGGCUCCUUCCAGCAUCGCCUCUUUGCUCACGGUCAACGUCAUUGACAACGUCCGCCUGUGUUUUUCAAGCUUGUCGCUGGCGGUGAAGCUCAAGCUGCUGCUGGGGAUGCUGCAUCUCCCGAGGCGGACAGUGGAUGAGAUGAAGGAGGCAUUGUCUGAAAUAAUCCAACUGGCCACCUUGGACACAGAGCCCUGGGUGCUGAUGGUGGCUGAUAUUCUGAAGUCUUUCCCCGAGACAGGCUCUCUCAAUUUAGACCUGGAGGAGCAGAACCCCAAUGUGCAGGACAUCCUGGGAGAGCUCCGAGAGAAAGUCAGUGAAUGUGAAUCUUCUGCUAUGUUGCCGCUGGAGUGCCAGUACCUUAAUAAAAAUGCCCUAACAACUCUUGUCGGACCACUCACCCCUCCAGUGAAGCACUUUCAACUGAAGAGGAAACCCAAAAGUGCCACCCUCAGGGCAGAGCUGUUACAGAAAUCCACAGAAACUGCUCAACAGCUUAAGAAGACUGCUGGAGUGCCUUUUCAUGCCAAAGGGAGGGGCUUGGUCAAGAAAAUUGAUACAACACCCCUCAAAGGUAUACCAAAAGCUCCAUUCAGGAGCCCCACAACCCCCAGUGUGUUCAGUCCCACGACCAACAGAACGCCCAUUGCGCCCCCUAGAACCCCUCUGCGCAAGGAGCGCGGAGUCAAGUUAUUAGAUAUCUCAGAACUGGAUAUGGUAGGUGCUGGUCGAGAAGCAAAGAGGAGAAGAAAAACACUGGACUCUGAAGUUGGAGACAAACCAGCUAAAGAAGAAAUGGUUGUUGAGAAUGUGACCCCCGAUUACGCUGCCGGUCUCGUCUCUACACAGAAACUCGGUGCUUUAAACGAGAGUGCAUUACCCUCUACAAGUUAUUUGCCCGCAACUCCUAGUAUGGUACCAUCAUCUUCAUACAUUCCCAGCUCGGAAAUACAGCAGGCCAACACAGCAGGGUCCGUCCGGGAGGCGCUACAGACCAGCCGGCAGCCAGAGGAGCCCACGACCCCCAACAGCACGCUGCCCAGCCAGUUCAAGCAGAGGACACCCAUGUACAACAGCAGCACCAGCCCUUCAGCACCCACCUCUCCGCCUGCCCCCAGCAGCACCCCGACCCCCAGCUCUCCCCCAGCUCUGGCACCACAACCCACUGUGCAGCAACCGCAACCCCCGACACAGCAGCAGCAACCCAAGAAGAGCCUGUCCCUCACUAGAGAACAAAUGUACGCUGCACAAGAAAUGUUCAAGACGGCUAACAAGGUUACAAGACCGGAGAAGGCCCUGAUACUGGGGUUCAUGGCUGGAUCGCGAGAAAAUCCUUGUCCAGAGCAGGGCGACGUCAUUCAGAUUAAGCUCAGCGAGCACACUGAAGUUUUACCAAAGGCAGACGGCACUGGCAGCACCACCAUGCUCGUCGACACAGUUUUUGAGAUGAACUAUUCCACAGGCCAGUGGACCAGACUCAAGAAAUACAAGCCCAUAACCAACGUGUCUUGAGUGACCUGAACGACUUCUUUGUCCGGUGUAUGGGGAGGGGGUCUUGCAGAGUGGAGGCCAGAUGCAAUAACAGUUCUAGUUAUGUGACACAUCUAAAAGCAGUUAUUACUUGCAACAGAAUAGUUCUAGGCUUCAGCCCUGAGGUUUCAACAGAAUUUUUUUUUUUUUAUAUAUAUUUUUUAAUGAUAUCUGUGUUUUGAUGUACCUGGAGCAAUCUCUGUAGAUACAAACUGUUUAAAGAUGGCUGUCUCUUUGUGAACUCGAAAACAAAGAUUUGAAACAAGGCUGUACUGGUUCGGGUGUGCGACGACUAGAGUUGAGAACCACUGGCUUAUAACACAACCCAAAGUGCAUCCUCUGGCUAGAACGUUGUGCUAUUUGACAUUAUUCUUUCUUUUUCUGGUAACUAUACCACCCUUUAAAUAUCUGCUAAAAUUAUAUGUAUUACAUCAAACCAAACGAUGCCAAUAAUUCAGUUGAUAGAUUUGUUAUUUUUUUAAAUAUACAGUCCCAUCCAAUACUACUUUAUAGUGACAGGUGUUUUACCGUGGUGAAUUUAACCCAUGUUUUAGGUGAUAAAUAAGGUUUAUAUUGGUAUUGAAUUUUAGUAGAUUAUCCCUUGACUUGUUUUUUUAACAGUGCUGUAACCUGAAAUUUGAAUAAAUUAGAUCACAGUGAAAGGAAAACUACCACCAACCCCCCCAAAACUAACAACCCUCACAGACCGAUUUUGUGUAGUUUCUUUCCAUCUGUAUAGCAUUGUUUGUUUGUGUGUGUCAACAUCUAGUAAAGCUUGGAUUUGGUUCACGUUUUAGCAGCACGAUUUGGCAUCUUGGUUAUCUGGUGCCUUCAUUGAGAGAUGUAAUUCAUUUUGUUUACAUUGUAUUACAGGAAUAGUUCAAGGCUAUUUUAGAUUUUGUUUUUUUGGGAAGGGGGAGGGGGGUGUUCUCUUUUCUGGUACUCUCAAUGCAAGAUGUAUAAUACAUAUAAUAGAUUUUUCUGAAGAGAUGCUCUAUAAAAUAGAAGUUCAGUUUUAUGAAUGUGCAGCCAUAGUACAUUUUGUUUCUGUAUUUAGGCAGCUGGUUGAACUGGCAGUGGUUAACAGACAACAUAGAAGUGCUGUACUGGUCUUACAGUAAGAAAUACAGCCUUCUAAUAAAAUCAUUGUUGUAUGCUG